GCAGUUGGCCGCACGUUGUCGUCGUAGUUGAUCGUGUGUAGGUCUUAUUGACGCGUGCACGCAUUGCUCCGCGAAUAUACUCACGUACUUUUUCAUUCACUUCGCAUUUAUAUUAAUCAGGUUUAAAUGCAUAGCAAAAUAUAAACAUUACCCUUAGCGAAGGAUUGGUUUGUGAACUUCACAAGAAUGUGGAUUUCAGACGACGCUUCAGAAAUUUCUAAGCAAUUAUCCUGUGAUGAGUGACAUUGUGGACGCUAGGCAGAGUAGCUGUGCCACUUUACAAUGAGCAGACAUUGAGUACGUGGCAACCGACAAUGCGCAGACGCUGAGCGCAAAGUGGUACGCGAUGGACCUCGGACAGACAGUGCGUGUCCAGGCGCGCAGCCGCUGAUUAGGAGGCAGUGAGCAGUGAGCAGCAAGGACUUGUGCGGCUGCGAUGGACGACCCGGAGCGCAUAGCUCGCGACUACGCCGCCUGUGAGCUGCGCAACAACCUCACGCGCCGCCCGACUGGGCUGUAUUGCGAAGGCACUUUCGACACUUGGCUGUGCUGGCCUCACACCGCCGCCAACAGCACGGUCUACGAGCACUGCCCCGAGUUCGUGCACGGCUUCAGCCCCGAACUGUUCGCCCAUAAAGAGUGCACGGAAAACGGAACAUGGUUCACACAUCCAUUGACCGGCAUGCCCUGGUCCAACUACACCACGUGCGUGAAACCCGAAGACGACGUGAGCGAGAUCAUCACGGUGUACGAGGUGGGCUACAGCGUGUCGCUCGUCGCCUUGCUCCUUUCCCUCGCCAUACUCUUCUACUUUAAAAGUCUCAGGUGCGCGCGCAUCACCGUCCACAUGAAUCUGUUCGCGUCGUUCGCCGCCAACAACGCGACAUGGCUGCUGUGGUACGGCCUGGUGACCCGCGCGCCCGACACGCUGGCCGCCUCGCCCGCCUGGUGCCGCGCGCUCAACGUCGCGCUGCAGUACGUGCUGCUCACCAAUUACACGUGGAUGUUGUGCGAGGGCUUGUAUCUGCACACGGUGCUCGUCAGCGCCUUCGUGUCCGAACGCCGGCUGGUGCGCGCGCUACUGGCGGCGGGCUGGCUGCUGCCCGUGCCGCCCGCGCUCAUCUACGCCGCGCGCCGCGCCGCCGCCGACGACCAGCUCUGUUGGAUGGACGACGGACCCCCGCGCCCCGAGCUGGCGGUGCUGGUGUGUGUCACCGUAGUGCUCAACCUCGCCUUUCUGUGCAACAUCGUGCGCGUGCUGUGCACGAAGCUGCGCGCGGGCGGCGGCGCGGGCGGCGCGGCGAGACCCUCGGCCACGGCGCUGCACGCGUUGCGCGCCACCUGCCUGCUGGCGCCGCUGCUCGGCCUGCAGUACUUGCUCACCCCCUUCCGGCCAGACCGCUCGGCGAGCUGGUGGCUCGCGUACGAAUACGUCUCGGCGCUCACCAUCUCGCUGCAGGGCCUGUGCGUCGCCGUGCUCUACUGCUUUUGCAACGGCGAGGUGCUGGCGCAGCUCCGACGUCGCUGGCGGGUGUUGACGUUUCGACCGCGAGCCAACUCGACUACCAACACAACUCGUGACAUAGUGCACGACUACGAAUAA